UGCCAGAUGCCUCAUGGUCAACUGAUUUUUUUAAAUAUUCUAAAAACAGAAUACCAAUGUCCGAAGAGUUUGCAUUCUGUAUCGGUUCAUUUUUAAAUGAAAUAUAUGUGAGAGAUGAUACUUACAAAGAACAAAUAUUGAACACCUUAUUCGAAAUACUCAACAAAUUAAUAGACAUAUGUCACACUUUAAGGACUGAUUAUCAAAACGGAAGACCAAUCGAAGAAUCGAGUCUGCUCAUACUGGUUCCCGUUAUGAUAGGAAUUUUCAGGACGAUUGGUCAACCGACCUUUUUGCCCCAAGCUGGGGGAGGUCCGAACGUGUUCACCGAAAUCUUUCCUUCCUCCUUCCCUUACUCCACCCUCACCUCGUACCCGCUAGCCCGCAAAUUCAGCGGCCAUUCUAACAUAGCUGGUCCUACGCGCAUCCCGUUAUUUCCCGGCAUAUCGUCCAGCAAUUUUGCGACAAAUAACAAGCCCGUGAUCCAGGCAAAUAACGCGGUUCAGUACUACUCCGAAACUAACCUUUUAAUAUCGGAUAAUAAUCUUAACGCGACACAACUCGGCGUUUUACCUCAGUUAAUCAUUCCUAGCGUGAGAGUACCUUUGACACUUUUUAAAGAUGCCCCGUUUGGAACUAGAAAAAAUAAAGCCUUGACAGGUGACUCCAAAUUGCAAUCCUCCCUCGACGGAACGGACCCCAAUUCUCUAAAACCCGAACUAUUUUUCUUCGGCAACAACAUUCACGGAACGUUUUGUCAAUACGCUUCCAAAUUGUACCCAAAUAAAAAAGACCAAUUAGUGAGACCCAGAUUCAGUGCCGAUCAAGUCGUUUCCUGCUUAAAUAUAGUCAAACGUUUAUUGGAUAAAGAACUUCUGUCGGCGCUCGAUAUAAUAACGAUCAAUUUUAGCAACACUACGCAUUAUUCUUACAUCUAUUCCUCAUACAAAGAGAUCAUGAAUUACACCUGCUUAACAUUCCUCCACAACGUUCUACUUAAUUAUACAAAACCGAGCGUUUCCCUGAUGGAUGAUGUCCACAAAUUUACUCAGCAACUAUUCAUGGCCGGUCAGGCCGAAUUGUUUAGCUAUACCCACCACAAUUUGAUGAGUUCUUCCAACGAAAACAUAAACGCGACUACGAAUUCUAAGUCAUCCGAGGAUCCCAACAAAUCUUCUGAGAACAAAGUAAGUUCCAAAAACAACAAACCUUCCCUUUUCUCUCAUUGCCCGUCACUCAAUCAUAAAAAAUUCGAAAUAUGCGUCAAAUCUAACUCCGUUUGUAUCGAGAUCUUGAUAUGGGCCGUUAAUAAAGAAGAAACUGUCGAAGCCUUUAUUACUAAAUUGAUCGAGAGACUUUCCGCUUCCUACAGUCUGCGGAUCAUAAUAGCUCACAUGCCACUGCUCGUUGCUUGUCUCAAGGCGUUAGGAGCUUUAGCCGAAAAGGAUUCUUAUCUUGCACAAAUGAUCAUCAUACCAGCCUUCCUCGAUUUCUUGUUAAAACCGACGUCACCUCUAGCCAAAUUAUAUAAGGAACAAGAGAUAGAUAUAAAGAAAAAGUUAAAUUAUUCGACUUUUCAAAAUGGAGCCGAUUCGAAUUAUUACACUGUUACCAGCAUAUCCAAGCUCAAACCUAAAUUUGAGAGGCAAACUUAUCAAUCCUCCAAUUUCGAGAUUUUGUGCGAAACCGCCAUAGACAAUAUAUGCAGAUCCCUCAGAUCGAUCUAUCAAAGGGAUAAAGAAUGUGUGCAGGCUCUGCUGGCAUCCAUAUCCGGAAGACUUUAUUACGCCGAUUCAUCUUCCAAGGAUACCGGCAUGGUGUUCCACAACACCAUUCUCUCGCUCGGUGAGUUGGCUAUACAAUUGAGAGACGUACCACAGGUGAUGGAAUCGGUUCUCACUAUAUUUCUGCAGAGAUUCGGGCAUCCGCCUUCCGACUUUCUGAAUAUCAUCAUAAUACGACAGCUGGGAAAUAUGCUCUUCGCCGCCUCCUUGGGCACCGGGGACCCUAGUACAGACGAAAAAAUAUACAAAGAAAUCAUGGACCUGUUCAUAAUGGUCAUUAUGAAGACCUCUCAAAAUCAAUCUCUCAACAAAUCUUCGUCGCAGGCUAGCGAUAUAAGUUACAAGAGAGCCGCCUUGGAAAUAUUGAGAACGCUAACCAUAGUCAUAUCCAAUUUUGGCGAUUUUCCCAUUCGCAAAAUCGUUAGCUCCACUACUACCAUUACGGGUUACCAUAAUACUCCUCGAAUCAAAAUAGACGUGCGGAAGGAUACCAUAAAGGAAGAAGAUAUUCCGACCGGUUUACCGUUAACGUAUAAGAUACCCAAGGACAAAAGGAUCAGAAGUUAUAGUCAGGACCGACCAAAAUAUAAGUCUCCCGCCUUAGCUUGUCCUUCUCCGUCUAUCUCUAACGACUCCUGGCAAAUGGAUAUGCUACUGCGCAUUCUCGAAGUUUUCGUUCAAUUGGGGCUGGAGAAUCAGCGGCUCUUGUUCAAUUCCACCCUCCCUAACACCAAUCUCAACGCGCCCGUUAGCCCCUACAAUUUGUCGGCCAACAACCCAUCCAACAUGAUGAGCAACUAUUCUAACCCCUCUCCGUUUAACCCCGGUGUCCAGGGUCUUCUCACUGGAAGUGGCAGCGCAGUUUGGAACACAAACUAUAACUACAACACGGUCAACGGUUUUGGCGGAAUACCAGGUUAUAGCCAUAUAACUGGGUUAACUGCUAGCAAUAUGAAAGCUUUCGCUAAUGCCGAAACCCUCGGAGUACUUAUUCCGUUAGUAGCCACGAUAAUGCAAAACAUACCCUUCGUUCACUCACCCAAACCGCGUAUGCAUAAACUUUUCCGAGAUUUCUGGCUGUACUGCGUGCUACUGGGUUUCGCCCAAGAAAAUUCCGUUUGGCCCCGAGAAUGGUUCAGGUGCGUGAGUAUUAUAGCUACCAAAUCACCCUUGCUCAUAUUCAAGGAACACCUGAGGUCCGAUCUGCACUACAAUACCGCUAUCAAGGGAGACAAGCUCGGACAGAACGACUUCAUGACUCUGAAAAAUACUCUCCUCAAUAUUCUCAGCAAUAAGCCCGAAAUUGUCUCUUACGUCAAACAGAUGACGUUCGCGGAACUGUCCUACCUUUUGUCCAUAUACCAGCUGGAGACCUUGAGGGUCAAGAAUUCGGAAGACACCAACGCCGUACAUUAUAUGUUCCAUUACCUGGAAGACAAAUCCAUCCAAAAGGACAAGUCUGGGAUAUGGGAAUGCGUUUGCUCCAUCACCGAGAACGUUUUCAACGUAUUUUUGGAUCAAAUGAUAAGCAGACCGAAAAACGAAUCCACCAAUAGGAGUCUCGAGAGGCACGCUCAAUUUCUAUUGGUCAAAUUCAACCACACCUCCAAGCGGAUAAGGAAAGUGGCCGAUUAUUGCUUGGCCAAACUCGUGGACGCCUUUCCGCACCUCCUCUGGGAUCGCGUAGUCCUUAAGACCAUGCUCGAUCUGCUCCACCUGAUCAGCAAAUCUCUCUAUUUCACGCUGGAUGAAAAUAUAGAAGAGUUUUUCAUAGUUCCCGAUACGACUUACAAGAUCAAAUUCAUGGAAGAUAUGGAAGGAAGGGAAAGGAUUUUGCAAGAUUUUACUGAUCGAUGCAGCAGUAUAAUACAAGAAGCACUGAGGUGGGCCCCAGUAGCCACGAAAUCGUGCCUUAAAAACUACAUCAACGAAACGAGCGCCAGCAUCUCCUUCGACGGAACCGCCUUCGACUACCAGCAGCAUGCCGGUCUUUCGCUCGCCUUGGAGAGCAUCAUGAAGUUCUCCGGGCUCAACGCGAACGUUAGCCAAUUGAUGGGUAAUUACUACGAAAGAUGGCCGGCGUGCGUCAAAUUCGACACGUCAAAAUUUUUAUCGGAAAUUAAUCUCCAGAUCAGAUUCCAGGGGGAAAUCGAAGGAUUGAAAGCCGCCUACAAAGAAACGGGGCAAGUUACCCAUAACCUCACCGAAAAAAUGACCCAAAAACUCGUGACGGUGAGCAACAAUUUCGUAAGCCAAGAAAUUUUUAGGGACACUUACCUAAAGGCGACAGCCAUGCUCAUAUUUUCCACAGAAUUGGAUGAAAACUUGCUGCACCAGGUCUCCUGGGCUUACAUUAAUAAAUUUACCCUGCCAUCCAUGGAAACGGUAGUUGAAUGUUGGGAAUGGCUGCUUACGACUCGACCGGAUCUCGAAUUAAAGUUUUUCCGCGAGAUGUUUAUGGCCUGGGAUUAUUCCUUGCAAAACAAGAUGGGAAUAUUCGAGGACUCCAAAGAACCCGGAUCGGUUGGCGGCGAAAAAAUGUCCACGCCCUUGGCCUCCAGAGAAAAUAGCCCACUGAAACCCGUUCUGCCUAACGUGGCCCCGCAUCUGGUUUGGAUCAAAUUUGUGUACCAAAGGGCCGAGGUGGCCAAGUACGGGGCGACUUGCGACGUUGACUCCAUCUUUUACUCCUUUCUGCUCCGCUCAGCCUUGACCUUCCCGGACCUGGUAGGAUCUCCGCACCCGAUCAUGACGCGCCAUAUAACGGCCGUUAAUUGCCGUUUUCGCUUAGCCCUAUCGGCUUGCGCGAGGAUUCAAAAUACGUCAUCCGCGGCUGGCCCGGCUAAUCAACUCAUAGCCAGGAUCAGGGAAGUGAGGGAUUUGGAACUCAGAGCCGCUGUCUACGCUACGGCUUUUGAUUACUUCUGCACCGUACCACAAUGUCCCGUGCAAUCCAAUCUUCACCUGAAGGACGAUACCUUAGUUCUUCUCAAAUUUUGGCAACACAUUGUCACCGAAAAAAAAUACCUGAAAAACAUUUCCUCGCCUUACGUUAAAGAUGAAUACGAACCAUACUCCCAAUUCAUGCCCAAUGCAAAUAUUUAUCCCGGAAAUACUUUGCCCGUCAACUCUUUAGGGUUGGGUACAAUGUCAUCAACUAAAACGUCUCAAGGCAAAGUCAAAGGCCUCAAAGUAGUGGGCAAUCCGGAAAAUCAAGAAUCGGAAAUAACGAAGGAAUUCAUGAAGAAACGCAAUCUCCUGUUAACCUUAUUGGCCAACGAGAUAGAGCGAUUUUGCACAUGGCUAAAUCCCCUGAGUAACGUCAACAAGGUGCUACCCAACGAGGACACCAUUGUUUCUUGGAAAUCUCAAACCGUCUCCGACAAAACUUGGAGAGAAAUGGCCAAAUUAGCUUGGAGUAUCAGCCCAAGCCUCGCUGUAUAUUUGCCCUUGAGGUUUACGAAUAGCAAAGCCCUGUUCGAAGAGGUCUCUAAACUAGUCCUGAACAACCCCAACGGUUUUUCUCACAUUCCGGAGGCCAUAGUCAUGCUGAUAACUCCAUCCAGAGUCGAAAACGAUAUCAAGGAAUUGUCGAGCAUAAUGAAUUGGGACACCUCCUCCACCCCUCCCACCAUAGCCUUAUCAUUUCUAUGUAAUCGAAUAUACCCCUACCAUCCCCUCAUAGUUCAAUACGCGAUCAAGGUGCUUUCAAGUUAUCCACCGGAAGUGCUCAUAUUCUACAUCCCUCAAAUAGUUCAAGCGGUCAGAUACGAUUCGAUCGGAUACGUAUCUCAAUUCCUUAUUUCCAUCGCUCAGAAGAGCCAGCUGUUGGCCCAUCAACUCAUGUGGAAUAUGAAAACCAACCAGUAUAUGGACGAAGAUAGCAAAAUUAAAGAUGAUGCCCUGUUCGACAAACUCGAUUACAUAAUGUUUCAAAUGACCGAGCAUUUUUCGGCAUCUUCCAAGCCCUUCUACGAACGGGAAUUUCAAUUUUUCACGCAAAUAACUAACGUAUCCGCCGUCAUAAGGCCCUACCCGAAGGGUAAGGAAAGGAAAGAAGCCUGCCUCAAAGCCCUGAAAAAAAUCAAAACGAAGCCCGGCUGUUAUUUACCCUCCAACCCCGAAGCUUAUAUAAUCGAUAUCGAUUACGAUUCUGCUACCCCUAUGCAGAGCGCCGCUAAAGCCCCCUACCUAGCCCGUUUCAAGGUACAAAGGUGCGGUAUCAAGGAAUUGGAGAAAUUGGCUACGGCCUCGCUCGUUUUAGCUGAACAAGAGGCCAAUGACAUUUCGACUUCCGUUCCUAAAGGUAACGAGGAUACGGAGUCCGAUACUUCGUCCGAUAAUUCUAACAAUAACAAAGACAGUAACACGUAUAGUAAAAGUAAAAAUAAAAGAAGGCAAUCCUUGGCGCCUCUACUUCCGGCUUCUUCGGCGUUUCCCGUUUAUUGGCAGGCCGCUAUUUUCAAAGUGGGGGAUGAUGUUAGGCAGGACAUGUUAGCUCUGCAAAUCAUAACGCUUUUCAAAAAUGUUUGCGUUUCGGUCGGCUUGGAUUUGUUUCUGUUUCCUUAUAGGGUCGUUGCCACCGAUUCCGGUUGCGGCGUUAUCGAGUGCGUGCCGGACUCAAAGAGCCGCGAUCAGCUGGGCAGGCAAACCGACAUUGGGCUUUACGAAUAUUUCCUCAAGAAAUACGGCGACGAAAAUUCUACGGCUUUUCAAAAGGCGCGGCAAAAUUUUAUCAGAAGCAUGGCCGGGUAUAGUGUCAUACUAUUUUUGUUGCAAAUCAAAGACAGACACAAUGGGAACAUAAUGAUUGACAUCGGUGGCCAUAUCAUUCACAUAGAUUUUGGGUUUUUGUUCGAGAGUUCCCCUGGUGGCAACUUGGGGUUCGAACCUGACAUCAAAUUGACGGAUGAGAUGGUCAUGAUAAUGGGGGGAAAGAUGGAGGCCGGCGGCUUUCAAUGGUUCACGGAACUUUGCGUCAAAGGAUUCCUCGCUUUCAGACCUUACGAAGAAGCCGUAGUCACCUUGGUCUCCCUGAUGCUGGACACCCGGUUUUCGUGCUUCAGAGGGCAAACUAUCAAAUUACUCAGGUCGCGAUUCGCGUCCAACCUUUCGGAGAAGGAGGCCGCUCAAUUUAUGAUAGGGGUCAUUCACAGGUCCUACCUCAAUUAUCGUACCAGGGCUUACGAUCUGUUGCAAUAUUACCAGAAUCAAAUUCCUUAUUAAAAUCGUGCUUUCAUUAUAUUAAGUUUGUAUUCGUUAUCGUUGUUAGGUGUUUUAUAUAACAUCUGUUGGCAUAUUGUUUUUGAUUUAGAUCUUUUGACUUUAGUCUUAAAAACUUCUAAAUUAAAUUUCUUUUUUUAAAAUUAAUCAUCAAACAACACACAUCAAUAUUUUGUAAACUUGUAUUUAUUUAUUUGUAUACGUUUUUCUAUUGGUUGAUAAU